CGAUAUACCUCCCUACCCCUAGGGGGCGUUGUUACAGCGCCCCGUUACUGUUCACAGCGAGGAAGAAUUUGCAUAAUGGCUGAAAGAAUAGUUGAUGCGCCUUCGUCUGUAAAGGCCGACGUUUGGGCACAUUUUGGUUUUAAAGUCAAUGAAAAAAGCCAAGGACUUGACAAAACAAAUGCAAUAUGCAAGUAUUGUAAUGGUGUAGUACGCUAUACUGGAAACACGACCAACUUGCGGGCUCACCUGCAGAGGCACCACGCUGACAAGCUAGAAGCACCAAAGACGCAGCAGAAACCUGUAGACCCGAAGCAAAUGACUUUGGACAACGCCACGUAUAAGUUUCCAUCUACCUCACCCCGUGCCAUCAGGAUUACCGACUCACUGGUGCGUUUUAUCUGCCUGGAUUUGCGUCCUUACUGCGUUGUUGAAAAUAGAGGAUUUCGGUACAUGGUAAAUACGCUGGAGCCACGUUACGUCAUCCCAACCCGUCGCUAUAUUACAGAUAUAGCUGUGCCGAAGAAGUACGAAGAAGUGAAAGAACGUGUCAAAACUUCGCUAAGUUCAGCUGCAAGAGUGGCCCUGACGUGUGAUGGGUGGACGUCUCGAGCCACAGAAUCAUAUGUGACGAUCACGUGUCAUUUCAUUACCGAGGACUGGGAGCUGAAGGCGUUCGUUUUACAAACGCGAGCCAUGCAUGAGAGCCAUACGGGGACCAACAUAGCGGAGUUACUGAAAACGGCGCUGGAUGAGUGGGGCAUAGCAGCCAAAGACCCAGCCAUCGUCACAGACAAUGCAGCUAACAUGACCAUCGCAGCUGAGCUAACUGGUAUGUUGCAUUUCAAGUGCUUUGCCCACACUCUUAACCUGGCAUCACAACGCGCACUGAAGCUUCCCAAUGUGGCCCGUUUGUUAGGACGAAUGAACGCCAGGACAUCUACAUGA